UAGACAAUUAUAGACUACUGACUACUGACUACUGAGUCGCAUUCACUGAGAAUACCGAAUUCUUUAUCGUCUGUGUGUGAAGGCUGGGUUUAUUUUAUUGAAGGUUAGUGAAUAUGGAUUUUGAUGAAUAUGAGUAUUUGGAGAAAAUGGUUGAGAAUCCUGAGCCUGAAAAAAUGAAGGAAAAUACUAGUGGUGGUGAUGGAGGUAUGAAAACUGAAGAGAAGGAGCAUAGCAGGAGUGCAAAGGAUAGGAGUCACAAGAAGAAAGGUAACAAUUACAAUGAUUCUCAUCGUUUUAAGCGCCAAAAAUCUGUAGAUGAAUCACAUGAUCACAACCAGGGGAAGGAGAGAGGCUCAUCUAGCCACCACUCAAGAUCUAGAGAUGGCGAAAGGGAUAGACAAAGGAGUGACAGGGAACAGAAGAAUAGGAAUAGAGAUUUGGAGAGGAGUAGGGAUAAGGAGGAGAGAAAUGGGAAGCACAAAGCUAGGGAUCAAGACCGUAAUGGGAGAGAUCAUGGCCAUGACCUUGAGAGAGACAAGGAAAGGGAGAGAGAGCAGUCACGGCGAAGUAGGAGUCAAUCAGAAAGGAAUCAAAGUGAUCAAGAUGAGAAGGACAGAGAGAGGAGUCAAGAAAAUGAGUUUAGAGAAAAAGAAAGGGAGAGAGAGUUUAGGGAGCACAACAGAGAAAGCAGAAGGCAAAAAGAGAAAAAGGAAGAAGUAUCAGUGCUGGAUGCUGAUCCGGAAAGGGAUCAGAGGACGGUAUUUGCUUAUCAGUUAUCUAUAAAGGCAAGUGAAAGAGAUGUAUACGAGUUCUUCUCCAAGGCUGGAAAGGUACGAGAUGUACGCCUCAUAAUGGAUAGAAUUUCAAGACGUUCCAAGGGGGUUGGCUACAUUGAGUUCUAUGAUGCGAUGUCAGUCCCUAUGGCAAUAGCACUCUGUGGGCAGCCUCUUCUUGGCCAACCAGUCAUGGUGAAACCAUCAGAAGCUGAAAAGAAUCUUGUGCAGUCAACUGCAUCUGCUGCUGGAGGAUCAGGUGGACAAUUUGGACCUUACUCUGGUGGUGCUAGAAGGUUAUAUGUUGGCAACCUACAUCACAACAUAACGGAAGAUCAACUUCGCCUGGUUUUUGAAGCUUUUGGUACAGUGGAGCUGGUGCAAUUACCUCUGGAUGAAACUGGACACUGCAAAGGUUAUGGUUUUGUCCAGUUUGCACGUCUUGAGGAUGCUAGGAAUGCACUAACCAUGAAUGGAGAGGUGCAGAUUGCUGGUCGCCCAAUUGAGGUGUCAACUGUUACUAACCAAGUUGGAAUGCAUGAUGAUGGGGCAAAUGCUGGUGAUCUUGAUGAUGAAGAAGGUGGUGGCUUGCCUCUGAAUUCACAUUCUCGAGCACUUCUCAUGCAAAAGUUGGAUCGAAGUGGCACGGCAUCCAGUAUUCCUGGUUUAGCUGGUGCACCUGUUAUGAGUAGCUCUGUUCCAACAGCUGCAAUCCUUAGUGCCACACCUGGGGUAUCUCAGCUGGUUCCUCCUAGCUUACAGGCUUUGUCUGGACUUAUGGCUGCAGGCUUCCAACUUCCUGCAAUUAAUGUUCCUACUAUCAAUACAAUUGGAGACCCAAGUGAGUGUCUGUUGUUGAAGAAUAUGUUUGAUCCAAAACUAGAGAUGGAGCCAGAUUUUGAUUUGGACAUUGGAGAAGAUGUCCGAGAAGAAUGUUCAAGAUUUGGAAAUCUGAAACACAUACAUGUAGACAAGGAGAGUGAUGGUUUUGUGUACUUGCGAUUUGAAAACACACAAGCUGCAGUAAGUGCUCAACGCAAUCUCCAUGGAAGAUGGUUUGCUGGGAAGAUGAUCACCGCAACAUUCAUGGUGCCCCAGACAUACAAGUCUAAGUUCCCCGACUGCAGUACAUAGGACUUCUGCUUAAUAGGUAGGUGUAACGCUUUUCCUUUUUGAUUGGCAAAUUUGUCAGUAUAUAAUUAUAUUUAGUUAUUCAGGAGAUUUUAACCGUACCCUUAACACCAGAAUCAAGGUUUGUGAAUUCUGUAAUCCUCGUGGGUUUGGUGAGUGGGUAUCAACUCAACUUUAAAAUUUUACCGUGCAAUGUUCUAGUCGAAUGUUCUACUUCUAGUUAAGAGAUAAAAAGUAAGAAAAUUUGCCCUGUAUUUUAUUAUAUUAUCUUUUGUUUCUUUAUUCAUACUUUUUUUUUUUGGCCUGCUUUUUUCAUCCCUAGUAUGGGUAUUUUUAGGACGCUGAUUUCUGGAGCGAAAAAGGGCGAGCCGAAAUGGAGCCUUGCGAGGGUUUUAAAUAAGAAUGUUCUGACUUUUGAGUAUGGGUGAGCAUUUUGUUCACAAGUUGGAUAUAAAAUAUAUUUAGUAUUUGAUUUAAAAAAUUUUUAGUAUAGUUUUUUAAACUUAGUAUCUACUUAAAUAUUUGAUAUUUAACUUAACAGGUACUGUUAAUUUGCCGGUAAAUAUUUAUAUAUACUUGAUUUAAGGAAAGAAAAGAUUUAAUACAAAAUGCUAUUGUGA